AUGGGGGGCUGCGAAGUCCGAGAAUUUCUUUUGCAAUUUGGUUUCUUCUUCUUGCCUCUGCUAACAGCUUGGCCGGGCGACUGCAGUCACGUCUCCAACAACCAAGUUGUGUUACUUGAUACAACGACUGUGCUGGGAGAGCUAGGAUGGAAAACAUACCCACUAAAUGGGUGGGAUGCCAUCACUGAAAUGGAUGAACACAAUAGGCCCAUUCACACAUACCAGGUAUGUAAUGUAAUGGAACCAAACCAAAACAACUGGCUUCGUACAAACUGGAUCUCCCGUGAUGCAGCUCAGAAAAUUUAUGUGGAAAUGAAGUUCACACUGAGGGAUUGUAACAGCAUCCCAUGGGUCUUGGGGACUUGCAAAGAAACAUUUAAUCUCUAUUAUAUGGAAUCAGAUGAGUCCCAUGGAAUUAAAUUCAAGCCAAGCCAGUAUACAAAGAUCGACACAAUUGCUGCUGAUGAGAGUUUUACCCAGAUGGAUUUGGGUGACCGCAUCCUCAAACUCAACACUGAAAUUCGUGAGGUGGGGCCUAUAGAAAGGAAAGGAUUUUAUCUGGCCUUUCAAGACAUUGGGGCAUGCAUUGCUCUGGUCUCAGUUCGUGUUUUCUACAAAAAGUGCCCCUUCACUGUUCGUAACUUGGCCAUGUUCCCUGAUACGAUCCCAAGGGUUGAUUCUUCCUCUUUGGUUGAAGUACGAGGCUCCUGUGUGAAGAGUGCUGAAGAGCGGGACACUCCUAAACUAUAUUGUGGAGCUGAUGGAGAUUGGCUGGUUCCUCUUGGAAGGUGUAUCUGCAGUACAGGAUAUGAAGAAAUUGAGGGUUCUUGCCAUG